AUGGCUUGCUUACAACAGCUUGGUCAUGUUGGAGGGCGUUUGCAUGUUCUGUCACAGAAUCAGCAGCAGACUUCAUCAAAACAGCAUAUGCAAACGGUCUCACAUCAGGCUCAGUUUCAUUCCCUGCACCAGUGCCACCAACACCCCAUUAAUCAAACCCAACAUGCAGCCCACUUUUCUCACCACCAACAGUGUGGGCCACCAUCACACUUGUCUGAAAUUGCACAUGUCCAGCAGUCUUCGUCAAUUCCCCAACACAUGGCUUGCUUACAACAGCUUGGUCAUGUUGGAGGGCGUUUGCAUGUUCUGCCAGCAAGUCCUGCAAAGUUCUGUGACGAAUGUGGAGCUCCCUAUUUGAGAGAGACCUCCAAGUUCUGCUCAGAAUGUGGUGUUAAGAGGUUGGGAACUUGAUUGCUUCCUUUUUCCUACAGCCCCAAAUGUACAUUCCUUUUCGUAAUUACUGUAAAUAUGUGAAGCUUGUAUUGUAUACAACAAUUUCUGUUAUUUCGGUAGGCCCCCCCCACUUUUUUUUUUUCUCUUCCUGGGUCUUUUUUGGGCAAAUACUAGCAUUUCAUUUUUCAGAAUAUAAUGGUUUCAUGUCAUUUACCUCAAAUUUUGUGCGUAGCAUUACAUGAAUUGGAUACAUCUUUGGUUUUUUUUAGUGUAUUUUCACUUUGAUACCAAG